AUGUGUAUAGAGACAAUAGCCCUAAAGCAAUGUGUUAAGCAAGUAAUUAUUGAACACCAAAUCGAGUUGGAUGAAACUUCAUCAAGCAUAUUGAGACUACCAAAUAUCACAAUUGUCAAUUCAACUACCACAGCUGAUACGCCCUCAGAUUCAAAAUAUCAGCUAUUGCCAAUUGAUCAUGAGUGGGAGUUCCCUAGAGGGAACCUGUCUCUAGGGAAUGAUCUGGGACAGGGAGAAUUUGGAAAAGUGGUUCAAGCAGAGGCAUUGGGAAUCUUGCAAAAACACAUGGUUACCACUGUUGCUAUCAAAAUGUUGAAAGAAGUUCACUCCGACUCUGAUAUGAUCGAUUUAGUGACAGAAAUGGAAAUAAUGAAAUUGAUUGGAUCACAUGAAAAUGUUCUAAAGCUGUUAGGGUGCUGUACCCAAGAUGGUGAAUUAUUUGUAAUAACUGAAUUUGCUAGACAUGGAAACUUACAUGACUUUCUUCGGAACAAUGCACCAUCAUCUGGGGAUAAAUAUGCAACCAGUAAUUUGUCCCAGCAAACAUUAUUGGAGUUUGCUCAACAAACAGCAAAAGGAAUGGAAUAUUUGGCUUCUAAAAAAUGUGUUCAUCGAGAUCUCGCAGCGCGAAAUGUUCUAGUAUUUGAUAAUUACACCUUGAAAGUGGCUGAUUUUGGUCUAGCAAGAGAUAUUCGAAAUAAAGAGUACUAUAGGAAGGAAACAAAAGGCAGAUUACCAUUGAAAUGGAUGGCACCUGAAGCACUGAUUCAUGGACUUUAUUCAUCCCAAUCUGAUGUAUGGUCAUACGGCAUAUUAUUAUGGGAAAUUUAUACAUCUGGUGGAAUACCUUAUCCUACAGUACUGCAAAUGGAAGAAUUAUUCCAGGCUUUACGUUCGGGUUAUCGAAUGGAAAAACCCCCUAAUUGCUCUGUUCGGAUGUACGCUUUAAUGCAGAAAUGUUGGAGGUACACACCAGAGGAUCGUCCUACAUUUACAGCGAUUGUCCGAUAUACAGAGAAUACAUCAUUGCCAAAUGAGUCAACUUCCAGCCAACAAGAAGAUAUCACUGUCAGUGAUGAGUGA